AUGGACGACACGCACGCUCAAAAUCGUGUUGAAAGGUUGGAAGUAGAGGAAGAAGAUGCCCGUAUAAAAAGAAUAGAGGCCGUAAUGCACAAGCUCAAUACUGCCUCCGACCCUAGGCCUCCAGCGACCACGGCUAAGUCUUUUGACUUUGGCGAAAGAAGGACUUUUGCUGUGGACGCCCCAAGCGAACUUCUGUCUCGCGUGCAAGCAUUCCUGCCUCAGAUGGAGGCAUCAAAUGCUAUUUUGGCGCAGCGUGUUGAGUUAGAUCCGAAAAGCGUUAACAUUGAACAUAUCACAGAGGGAAUGAAUCAAUACAUUGAAAUGAACCUAGGUCUUGGAGUCUUUGAACAUCAUAAAGAUGCCCAAUCCCAGCAGGGUCUUGACUUUCAGAUGGGCUCGUCUUCAUCUUCCGAGUCAGACGAAGAGGAUUCCUCGGAUACAGAUACUGAUUCGUCCUCCGAAAUUAUCACGUCGUUCUUACCUUCCCCGCGUCUAAUCAAACCGCUUCCGAAGCGUGGGCUCUCAGGCAACAAAUCUCCUCGUAUUAUCGUACUAGGAGGCCAGGAAUUUUCAGAGUCUUCGAGUACUUGUUGA